AUGGCUUUGGAGGAGGAGGUGAAGGUGGUGGUGGAGAGUGGUAGUAGUAUGGUUUCGGUGGAGGAGGUGAAGGUGGAGGCGGUGGUGGAGGUGGAGAAUGAUAAUAGUAUGGCUUUGGUGGGGGAGGUGAAGGUGGUGGAGGAGAGUGAUAAUAGUAUGGCUUCUUUUUGGGAGGUGGUGGUGGUGGUGGAGGAGAGUGAUAAUAAUAUGGCUUCUUUGGUGGAGGAGGUGGUGAAGAAUAGUGGUAUGGAGGAGAGACAGGUGGUGGAGGUGACGAGUAGAUGUAGUGGUCAGUUGAGAUUUGAGAUGGGAAGCUUAGAGACACAAUUACCAAUACAAGACUGA